AUAUGGUAUCCCCCUCGACUCGCCAGAGACAUUCAAGAGUCUCAGACACAUAGAACCUCACCCUCUCCCUCCUCCAUCUUUAGUUGUUUGAAUUUUCUCACAAGGAAAUGAUCCACUCUCACUAUCGCCUUCUCUCCACCAAUCUUUCACUCUCCCUCCCUCUUUUUCGUCCCAUUCCAUUCUUCCCUUCUUCUUCUUUUUCCAGAGUUACCACUACACGUCCAAUUCAAGCAAACCUUGGAACUAACUUUCAGACAUGGUUAGCUCAGUCAUUAGAACCCACCACCAAUAUGAUAAUCCCCCCAUCAGAAUCAGUACCCAUCGAACUACCAUCACCAAUUUCAGAUGUCUUUGCUACUACGGAUGACCCAUCUUCUCUUCAAGUAGCAACUAGUGUUCUUCUCACUGGUGCUAUCGCUAUUUUCCUCUUUCGUUCUCUCAGACGCAGAGCUAAACGAGCUAAAGAACUGAGAUUUAGGUCUACUGGUGCAACAAAAACAUUAAAGGAUGAAGCUUUGGAUAGUUUGAAAGCGAUUAAAUUGACGUCAGUUGAGAAAGAUUCUCCUCCUUCACCUGUUCAAGCUUUGUUGGGUGGACUUGCUGCUGGUGUUAUUGCUUUAAUUCUAUAUAAAUUCACUACCACUAUUGAGGCUUCCCUUAAUCGACAAACCAUUGCGGAUAAUUUCUCGGUUCGUCAGAUAACCAUAACCGUAAGGACCAUUAUUAAUGGGAUUUGCUACCUCGCAACAUUUGUUUUCGGUAUCAAUGCUGUUGGUUUGAUUCUUUAUUCAGGCCAGCUUGCUCUCAGUUCUUUUAUGGAUGGGUCUAUGGAGGAAGCUUUCCUAGGGGAUGAUGGAUCACGAAGCUCAACAAAUAUAUCAACCAAAAGCACGGAAGCUAAUCAGGACUCUAUUAGUAGUGAUAAAGAUCAAAGCUCAGAAUCUUCAGACAGUGGGUAGUAGACAAAGGGCUGCCGCGAAACUCGAUCAUUUGACUAGGCUAAGCACUCACUCACUAAAAUUUCCAAGUCAUGGUUAUGUACGUCGUCUUCCUCCGCAGCUUAGGUAAUUCGUAACUUCUUUGCACAAAUUAUAGUUCCCAUCCGGCAUUAAGUUUAUCUUUGUUUCUAGUUCUAAGCGAGGAUUGGGUACCAAAUUAAUAGUUCUGAGUUUGUAAUCCUUGACUGUUGUCCUCUAUAUAAUAAUAGUGAUAACAAUAAUAGUGAAGCGAGAUUUACUUUGUCUAAGGACUUCUAUCUUGUAUUCUUUCUUGCCAAAUAUGUUCAAGUUUUUGGCGACAUAUCAAACAUAAACUGGGUGGGGUCAUGUAAUGAUCUGAAUAAGAUUCUAGCUUACCUGAUUGAAAGUAGCAGACGGGGGUUGAUAUCAAGCUAUUUGAAGCCAGACACCAACCUGAAGUCUUAGUUACUUGGGAUUCAGAGAGAAAAUUACAAGGAUUGGGUGUACACUACAAGCUUGCAGCUUAUUGUUCAUUAAUACCGGGUUUAGACAUGACUCAACACCACAGUUGCAAUUACUCAUGUUGUGCUUUUCCGGAUAAAUUUACAGCCAUUGUUAUUAGGUCAGCAAGCUUCCCAAUGUUGAGUUCGUGCUUCCGCUCUUAUUUGCCUGUCUACCCUCUUCAUCAAGCUUCUAUUUGGAGGUGGAUACUGAUGCAGCGGAGUUGAAUUGGUAUCAAGAAAGUGGAGGAGGAUAACCAUAAAAAUUGAGGAAGCGAGCAUCGGAAUGGGACCAAAAAUCCAGAACAACAGGGUGGUGGCGAAGUACAGUGCUCGAAGUCCAAGAGACCAGAAAUUGCUUCCUCUUAUCACUGCCAUCUCUACAUAUUUCACAGGUAUGUCAGUAUGUGGAGUGCUCAUUAGGAAAUUUGCAUGAACGAAGUACCUUGUUGAUUGAAUAACGAUGCAAAUGCGAAAAGGAAGAAAGCAAGCAAGCUAAUAUACUUGAUCGAAAUGGUGGAUGAUCUCCUGUCUCCAUAUAUCAGAUCGCUCAUGAAAAUGUUAUUUGAAGAACUCCCGACCCAUGCUCCAAUUAGUGAACUCAAGCCAAUUGAAAGAGAGGCUAGGUAAGUUGCUGCUCCAAUAUUGCUUGCAAUUACAGUCAGCGCUAUACCGGUGUCCUUCAUAUCAGAGUCGCCCUUCAAAAACAGAAAAAGUUAAAAUCAUGACAAGUAUUGAAGAAUUUUGCAAGUUCCAUGGUUAUUGAAGUGUAACGGUGAGAAUUCAAACCUGCAUCAAUCCUUCAACCCAUGCUCUUUUGUUGUGAUUUUCGUAGCCGAUGACGGUUGUAUGCGGAAAUUUUCUGAUUCUAUAGAGAAGGAAAAGAUGGUAACCAAUCAUGAGAAACAAACCAGUAGGGACCAAGAUCACAUCCAGGUAUUCCUUCUGCAAAACCAUUUUUCUUUAUGAUUGAUUAUUGUAGUUAAAAACUACAUUGAUAGAGAUAACCUCAAUAAACUUCUUAGGCUUAUAUGAGUGAUAGUGUUACAGGGAAGAUUCAAGGUUGUUUUAACUUUAUUUUUGAAAAAGAAGCUUUAGUUUUUGUCUCAUCUAA